UAUUAUUUGGCCGUUUUCUUGUUUUCUAUAUACUUGUGCUUCCGUUUUCUGUUAGGUUGGAAAACUAACCCUCAUAUUUUGGAGGGAAAAUCGGGGGAGUUGGUGGGAUUUUGAGUGGAUAAGGAGGAUUUGGCAAGAUUAGGGGGGAUAUCGGUGGAUUGGUCAAAACCUUGAGGAUCUAUCUUCGUCAGGCUUGCUUUCUUAUUUUCCUCACACUUCCUUUUUUCGGUAGUUUGGAAAAAAUCUUUCCAGUUUUAAAAGCUUCAAAAUAUUUUUCCUUUCACCUUCUUCCCAACUCCUCAAGGUAUUCAAUCAGUGAGACUAGGGGUGUUCACGACCUGUUAAUCUUUGCUUGUGGCAGCUCUUAUGCUAUAUUUGAUGUGGUUUCAAAGACAUGAAGAGCCUAAACAAAUAACUGAUGAUUACGAACAGGGAACCUAUGUUUAUUUUGACUUUGAAAAAUGGGUACAACGGAAAAAAGAGCAAUUCACAUUUGAGUAUAAAUACUUGGAAGAUAAAGAUUUUGAAUAAAAUAAAAAAAGAGAAAAAAAUUUUUUUGUGUAAAAAAUUUUUUCUAGUGAAAAUUUUAAUGAGACUUUUGGCUUCUCGUUAAUUUUUUUUAAUUAUAGUAUCUUCCCAUAUUUUAUGUUUAUCUUCUCGUUUGUAUUUACUGCCUGUUUUUUAGUGCAUUGCUUGACAGAAAGUGAAAG